AUGCCAGGUGUCACUCCAUAUCAUAGACAAAAAUUAAGAGGUAAUAUUUUAAUUUUUGGCAGUAUUGCUAUUUUUUCGGUUGGUGUCUAUGCAUAUUCAAUGUACAAAAUGGGUAAUGAAGAUUUCAAAGAGUAUAAUGAUUUUGGUGUUAAAAAAGACGAAGUUGAUAUUACCAAAAUGAAAAGAAAGCCAAGAGAAAAUUAA